CAAAGCAGGCGCUGCACAGAGAGCAAAUCGCCUGGACGGCGGGCAACGCUACCGGCGCGGCGCCUCGACGAUUUAACCUUGGCGCUCCAAGCGAGAGCAAUUGCCCAAAACGGCAGGCAAGACGCGGGCAGCCCAAAACAGCACCAUGCCACCCCACCAGCGCACGACACUCCUAGACGACGGCAGCCCCGGCUCCGACGCCUGGAUCCCGAAGACGCCCUGGCACGAACUAAGGACGGUGAUAGGCCGCGAGGGCCCCGUCGAGGCGCCGAUCAAUUCGCUGCGGGACCCGCGGACGCCGUGGACCGCGCGUUUUAGAUAUGCGCAGCACCUGACGCACGGUUGCGAAGACGUCGAGUUAAGGACGAAAUUGCUCCUGGCGCAGGCGAGGAAUUUAGAGAGGACGGCGUCCUAUGAGGAUGACGAGGACGACGACGACGACGACGACGAGCUCGAUGCUCUAUUAUCAGUCUUGUGGAGGGCUGGUGCUUUAACAAAAACAAAUAGAGGCUUACUAGCAUUAGAUGCGUACGCGGCCUGGGCCACGGCGCUGCACUACGCCCUACUCCCAAACCUACUCGCCUCGACAGAAGCCCUCGAGAGCGCGAGAGGAGACUGGGAGCGCGACGUCUCGAGGAGCGGCGCGUUUGAAGGAGGUAGAGACCACAUACCUCAAACCGAGGACCCCGUCGGCCUGCAGCUCCAGCGUUUUGAUGACGAAAGUUCUUUAUCUUCCGUGGGCUCCGUCCAAAGAGACAAUUCGGAAGACUCCUACGCGCCGCCGCCGUCUCCUUCCCGUUUUGAAGAGGAGCCGGGCAUCGACCAGGCGGCCUUUGCGACGGGCAUGCGCGAAGUUUUAAGGGUGUGGGCCCCGGACGAUCAAGCGCCUCUGCUGUAUUCGUUGAUCCAGGCGAUCUUCGGCGGUCUGGACGACGUCUGCAUGGCGAACCACGCGCCGUACGCAUUAGAUACAUUUAGACGGCCUUCAGACAUCCCUUGUCUAGCUUUACUACCUCUGAGCUACGCGCGGGAACGGUGCGGCGAGUGGCUCAAACGCUUCGACAACGGCGCUAUUCUGGCGCGCCGGGCCCAAAAGGAGUUCGAAGCGUCCCAAGCGAACCCCGACCAGCCACCUAGACACUUAUUGCGACCGACGGGGCCGUCUGUCGAGCUAAGUAAAGUGCCCAACAGAGAAAAGCGGUCCACCGUCGUCUCCAAACAGUUAGCGAGGCAUUUCUAUUUACCAAAGGCCACGCGUGACUGCGGCUCUGAUGCGAGACGGUUUCUCUUGACGUUGAGACAGAAGCAGUCGGCGACUGUGUGGAAAUCAACCAGUGUGUCGGGUGCAUGCGGUGAGGAACCGACAUCGACACGCCAUCGAGCAGGUGUCGCGUCGAUGGCGUGGAGGUCGACGAACGCGCCGUAAAUUUGAUUUCCACACAGGUCGGCGAUCGAGAAGGACUUUCUGCGGCGCCGGUCGGAGCGGCAUCGCACGGAGCAGCCGUCUCCUUUGUGCAAAUAUCUACCUCCCCGAGAAGUGCUGACGCCGUGGGCUCCGGACAAUUUCAAUCCCGUGGGCACCAAAAUGCGGGCCAAAAAACGCGACCCGCUGCGUUCCGGUCUCUUCGCGCCGGGCCCGCGCUCUGUGGGCGGCGGUCACACCGUGAAGAUGGCCAAGGCGUCGCCAAAACCGCCGGAGUAUUCCAUCUUGACGGCGCCGCACAUCCAUAGAGCCACGGACAUCUCGUUAAGGGGGCCCCCAACCGAGAAGAAGCUCUCGCAGCGCCAGCUGUUGAAAAGGGCCGAGCGGCGCGCGCGGCAACGACUUAGACAAGCCGUCGACGCGCGGUCCAUCGGUUUAUUGGUGCAGUACGGCGAGGCCCGGGGCGCCCGCGGUGGGAGCACGCAGGCCGACUCCUUCGUCGCGCCCGACGACGAGUGGCCGUCCACCACAGUAACGACGCUGCAGCUGGAUUCCCAAGUCGAGACGCACCUGUCAGCCGAAGCCCAGUACGCGCAGGGCGUCCUCGACGGUAGGGUGGUGGUGGCCGCGGACGCGGGCGCGGCGACUUAUGGAAUGCAGAGGCCGAGCGACGACCCUGCCGAUGAUAGGAUCCGCGCUGAAUUGGCCGAGGCGAAGCGCAAGGCCGCUUUAAGGCUGCCGCGGGCGCCGCUCGAAGAGAGAGACGCCCUGCUCCGGAAGCGCGUCCCGCCGGACGUGGACUUGCUCGUGCGGGCGCGGAACAAGAUUUUGGAGGGGGCGCCUGUUUUAUUACGGUACGCGGUUUAACUACAUGUUUUUACAGA